CCGCGUUCAGCCUCCCCCUCGUCAUGGCGCUCGUGUUGGCCGGCUUCGUGCUCUGUUUGAGCGGCCUGCAGCUCAUCGUCGCCGCCGAUCAUCCGUCCUAUGUGGCGGCGGUGUACGAGCACCGCGUGCUGCUGAACCCGAACCCCAGACACCCGCUGGACCGGAGCUCCGCUCUCGAGCAUAUGAAGCAGAACCUGCAUGUGUUUGAAGAGCAGGCAGCACUGGCAGCACAGCAGGGUGCCCAGAUCAUAGUAUUUCCAGAAGAUGGCAUCCAUGGGUUCAACUUCACCAGAGCUUCAAUCGCUAGUUAUUUGGAGACAAUUCCUGACCCUCAGAAAGUCACAUGGAGUCCAUGUGCCGAUCCACACAGAUUUCCAGACACUGAGGUCCUCCGCAGUCUCAGCUGUAUGGCUCAUAAGAACCGUCUCUUCCUGGUGGCCAACAUGCCGUCCCGUCAGAGCUGUAACCGAACCGUGGACCCUCACUGUCCCGCAGAUGGCCAGUACCAGUUCAACACCAAUGUAGUGUUCAGUGACCAGGGUGUUAUCGUGGCCCGAUAUCACAAGCAGAACUUGUACUUUGAGGCGUCGUUUGACACUCCACCGAAAUGCGAGUUUGUAACGUUCACCACACCGUUCGCAGGCCGAUUUGGGACAUUUACGUGCUUCGACAUCCUGUUCCGUGACCCAGCGGUGACUCUGGUAAAGGAAAUGGGCGUCCGGCAGAUCGUGUUCCCAACCGCGUGGAUGGACCAGCUCCCCCUGCUGGCCUCCGUACAGUUUCAGCGCGCGUUCUCGUACGGGGCGGGCAUUACGCUGCUGGCCGCCAACCUCAAAGCCACCAAGUACAGGAUGACUGGCAGCGGCAUCUUCACGCCGUGGGAUUCUCUCACUCAUCACGACACAGAGGGGGAUUCUGGGAAAUUGCUAGUGCGUAGAGUGCCAGUUAUUGUUGACGACAAGCAUAAACUGGUGCCAUUUUCUGGGUAUCCAAGUUCAAAAGAACCAGAAAAGAUGCACGCUUGGCCCGUGAGUAGUCUUAACGCAAAUUAUGAUGGAAAACACUGCCGAAAAGACUCUGAAUGUGCAAAAGAAACUUCAUCUAGUCCGUUUAACUCCAUCAUGAUGAAUGAUAAUUUCACUCUGGUGGCUUUGCAAGGCACUGAAGGGAACAUCAGCGUUUGUAGUGGUUCAGUUUGCUGCCAUCUGCUGUUCCGGAGGUCAGAAACGAAAGAGUUUUACGCUUUAGGUGUCUUUGAUGGUCUCCAUGUUUUGGAAGGAACAUAUUACCUGGAGAUUUGCGCUCUGGUGAGGUGCACAGGUGAGGAGCAGAGCAGCUGUGGAGGAGAGACCGAACACGCUCAGACUCUGGUGGACUUCAGGCUGACGGGGACCUUCACGACUCCGUACAUAUACCCUGGGAUUCUGGGAAACGGGAUGACGGUGGAUAUUCCGGACCAUUCUGGUUGGGAGGGCGGGAAUAGUUUUUACAUGAGCCGAACGGGAAUGAGCGCUGGGCUUGUGACUGCGAUGCUGUAUGGGAGAAACUAUGAGAAGGACCAUGCCUGAAAAAUACAUGGUUCUUGCUCUGGUUUUAUAGGAUGCUUAUUGUAGUGCGCUAGAAAUUAGAUCAUUUCACCUUGAAAAUGCAUCAUUUCAAUCAGAAAUACAUUUGUU